AUGCCAAUGGACAUAGUGGACCGGGAGCUUGCCGCCGCAGAGCAAAAUGCAUCGCCGGAGCGUUACGAACGACGAGCCAGCAACGAGAUUGAGCGAGUCCUCUCCGCCUCAUCAGCCUCUACAUCCUCCGACUCCAACAACGGCGACAACGACGAUGACGCCUUCCGGCGCAACAUGAGCCGCGUCUCUACGCAAAACGACCUGGAGCGCCAUCCCACGGAACUGAGUCGCAUCGCCACCGCGCGAAGCCAGCACAACAUCACUGUCGGAGGCGGCCUGCGCAGCCGCACCGCCAGCAGGGCGUCCAAGAAACCUCUGCCGGCGUUUGGUGCCGGAAAAGCGUACCCGCCGCCGUUGCCAGAGCGAGAAGAGUAUGUAGUUGAGUUUGACGGGCCUCACGAUCCCAUGCAUUCGCAGAAUUGGCCUAUGCGGAAGAAGCUGCUCACUGCGGCUAUGCUGAGCUACACGACCCUCACGUCAGCAUUCGCAUCGUCCAUCUUCUCUGCUGCGACGACGGUCGUCGCAUCCUCGUAUGGCGUCGGUUCAGAAGUCGGCUUGCUAGGAACGACGUUCUACGUCCUUGGAUUUGCGUUCGGUCCCUCGCUCUGGGCGCCCAUGUCUGAAUUGCAGGGCCGGAGACUGCCCAUCGUCGUGGCCAUGUUCGGCUUCUCCCUCUUCUCGAUUGCCUGCGCGACGGGCAAGGACAUACAGACCAUCCUCAUCACGCGCUUCUUCUCAGGCUUCUUUGGUGCCUGUCCGCUUGCCGUUGUUGCAGCCGUCUUCUCCGACAUGUUUGACAACAGGACGCGCGGUAUCGCCGUCACCAUCUUCUCCAUGGCGACAUUUACAGGUCCCCUCCUGGCCCCGUUUAUCGGCGGCUUCAUCGUCACAUCCCAUCUUGGCUGGCGGUGGACCGAGUACCUCGUUUCGAUUAUGGGCUUCGUCGCCUUCAUCCUCGACUUCUUCUUCCUGGAAGAGACGUACCCGCCUGUCAUCCUCAUCGACAAGGCUGCCGACUUGCGCCGCCGAACGAAGAACUGGGGCAUCCAUGCGAAGCAGGAGGAAAUCGAAGUCGACUUCAAGGAACUUGCGCAGAAGAACUUUACGCGUCCGCUGCGUCUUCUCUUCACUGAGCCCAUCAUCCUCGCUCUCUCCGUGUACAUGAGCUUCAUCUAUGGCAUUUUGUAUCUCUUCCUGACGGCUUAUCCGCUCGUAUUUGUUGGCGUCCAUGGAUUUACACUCGGCCAGAGCGGUCUCACCUUUUUCGGCAUGAUUUGCGGACAACUCCUCGCCGGUGCGGCCGUCAUCCUGCAACAGCCGUGGUAUAAUCGCAAAUUAGCUGGGAAUAACGGCAUUCCCGUCCCUGAAUGGCGAUUACCCAGCAUGAUGGCCGGUGGCAUUUCCUUUGCCAUUGGCAUCUUCUGGUUCGGAUGGACCGGAUACACCAAGAGCAUCCACUGGAUCGUCCCCGCCAUAAGCGGCAUCUUCACCGGCUUCGGCCUCAUGUCCAUCUUCCUCCAAGCACUCAACUACCUCGUCGACGCGUACCUCAUGUUCGCGGCCUCCGCCAUCGCCGGCAACACAUUCAUGCGAUCCCUCGCAGGAGCAGGCUUCCCGCUCUUCGCUCGACAAAUGUUUCAGGGAAUGGGUAUCCAGUGGGCGGCCACGCUCUUAGGCUGCGUGGCCAUAGUGCUGGCUCCCAUUCCGUUCAUCUUUUACAAGUACGGAGCCAAGAUUCGCGCCAAGAGCGAGUACGCGCCUACGUUUGCGGCGCCGCCUAUGCAGCAUAGUGAGGAUGAGACGGAGACGGGGGACUCGUCGACGGAGAAGGAGGGCGAGAAUAAUGCUGCCUUGGCUAGUGUGCCGAAGAAGGAGAGCGAUGGGGGGUUGGUGCAAAAUGUUUGA